AUGCGGACAAUUCGCAACCAAGGGGUGCAUAUGGAGUCACUGCCAGUGUUAGCCACAGAUGCAAUAUCGCAAGUAACGAGGAAAACUAUACUCGAAGGUAAAGACAUUAAUCUUAACGUACUUCUGAUUCCAAAUUUCGAUUCAAGUACAGCAAGAACUGUCACGGCUGAUACUUUACAGAUAACACUUAAAAAUGAAGAUCCACAUCUGAAGAGAAAUUUGUCUAUCUCCGAGUUCAUAACCGCAUUUGGACGAUAUAAACGUGUCAUCGUGUCCGUAUAUCCAAACAGACAUCAGGAGCUUGAUAUUUAUCAAGAGGAAAUCGUUCGUAUCAGUAACCUCAUUGGGCCUCGAUUUUACGAAUAUCAUAAGCAAUUCAGUAUGAUGGCCACCUCUGCUCUCCUGAACCAUGGCAUAAAGGUCGAUUGGUCAAAGCGCGACAGAACCUUACUACAAAAUGUCAUGAUGGGAUCUGGUACUUCGCCAUGCAGCGCGUGCAAUAAAGUACAUCCGCAAAACACUGACUGCCCUUCAAAAUAUUAACAUUUAUCAUUUCAUCAGCG